GUCGUCUUUGCGUUCCUUCUUUUCCACGGGUUCUUCCAACGGUUCGGUCGGAGAUGGCCCGGUGGAGGACUUGGGCUUUUUCUCCACUUCCAGGGCAAAAGUUAAUGGUCCAACCACACAAGUCCGCGUGUUUGGUGGCUAACCCUGAGUGGCCUACAAGUAGGUAUUUAUCUGACUGAAUAUCACGGGAAAACUUUGACCUACACAGGGCAAAGGUCGAAGAGGAAUUCCUUUACCCUUGCCCUGUUAUUGUGACCUAAGAGGGAGAAAAUUGGUGGUCCCGCUGACAACCAUGACUGUCUCUAUGUGAGGAUGCAACCUACAAAAAGAGGUAGUGCAGAAUAUCUAAGUCUGUGAGUGUGUGUGCGUGUUCAAGCACAUUUUCAAAAGUGUCAUUACCACAUGGCUGGGGUUAUGCUUCACAGCACACACAUGGAGCUACGGAUGUAUGCUGGAAUCCCCUUCAUCCUAUCCCCACACGGCCAAAUGGACAAAUACAUGCUGCGACGGUUCCUGACCAGACGGGGAGGAGAAAUUGCUGAAGGCUCUGUUCCCUACACAGUGGGCAGAAAGGCAGAAGGAAUGGUGAGGUUGAUGGAAGAUGAACACCUGAGCGAGUGGGAUGGGAUGGCAACAGGAAGCAGGUCAGCAUGUAUGAUGCCGGUUAGAAAACAUGAAGAGGAGAAGAAAAAAAAUCAUAGCGAUGAUACCAUCAUAGCAGUGUGUCUCUGGGGAAGAGAGCACUCGCUGUACAGGGUGGUCUCCCAUCAUGCUCGGCUGAUCACAGACACUGCUUCCCCAUUGGCUGCCUGGCAGGCCCUCCCAUCAGCCUCACUGCAACACGCCUCUGACAACUUCAUUAUCAACCCUCUGAUGCUGUGCUGCUCUGCUAGCAACAGAAGGCUAGCGCCGGCAGAACGCACAAUGAAGUGCUGCGACGCAAAUACCAAGCAUGAACGGAAGAUACGAAGAAUAAGACAAACAAAACGUCUUAUUAAUAAUAAUAAAUAACUAUCUUAUUGUUUUACUUCUGACUGGGGAAAAUGAGAGAACAUCUUUUAUGGAUUUUGUUAAAAUGUACUGUAGACCUAUACACAUAGUAUAUCUAAUCCUGUGGCCAGUGUGCAAUGAGUGCUCUUCUCCUGUGCCGUGGGAAAUUAUCAAAUUUCACUUAAUUGGUCAAAAUAUUUUAUUAUUAUACACUGCACUGUAUCAAACUGCAUAAAUGAUUUAAGUAAAUAUUGACACGGGACUGAAAUGACGAACGAUUUUUAAAAAGUAACAAUACCUAUAAGUCUUUCCCCUAAAGCCUGAGAUUGGAGUGAGAUGAAAGUCAAGUAUAACAAGACCAGAUAUUUUAAGAGUUUAAGUUCAUAGAAAAGAACACUGAAAUAUGGAUUCUAUCCAUCCAUCCAUCCAUCCAUCCAUCCAUCCAUCCAUCAUAAAAAGUCCUGUAUUUUGGCUAUUUAGAGUUCCAUUGAGUGACUAACUCGAUCAUGGACUUAGAAUUAAAA